CCCACCAUGAACUCCAACUACGAGCCGCAGACGGGGGAGGAACCCGAGGAGCUGCCGGCCACCGAGAAGGACCUGGCCGAGGACGCUCCGUGGAAGAAGAUCCAGCAGAACACCUUCACCCGCUGGUGCAACGAGCACCUCAAGUGCGUCAACAAGCGGAUCGGGGACCUGCAGAAGGACCUGAGCGACGGCCUGCGCCUCAUCGCCCUGCUGGAGGUCCUCAGCCAGAAGAAGAUGGGCCGCAAGUACCACCCCCGCCCCAACUUUCGACAGAUGAAGCUGGAGAACGUCUCGGUGGCCUUGGAGUUCCUGGAGAGGGAGCACAUCAAGCUGGUCUCCAUCGACAGCAAAGCCAUCGUGGACGGGAACCUGAAGCUGAUCCUGGGGCUGAUCUGGACGCUGAUCCUGCACUAUUCCAUCUCCAUGCCCAUGUGGGAGGAUGAGGAGGAGGAGGAUGCCCGCCGGCAGACGCCCAAGCAGCGCCUGCUGGGCUGGAUCCAGAACAAGGUGCCCCAGCUGCCCAUCACCAACUUCAACAGAGACUGGCAGGACGGGAAGGCACUGGGGGCACUGGUGGACAACUGCGCGCCCGGUCUGUGCCCAGACUGGGAGAGCUGGGACCCCAACAAGCCAGUGCAGAACGCUCGGGAGGCCAUGCAGCAGGCGGACGACUGGCUGGGGGUCCCCCAGGUGAUCGCCCCCGAGGAGAUCGUGGACCCUAACGUGGAUGAGCACUCGGUGAUGACCUACCUGUCCCAGUUCCCCAAGGCCAAGCUCAAGCCAGGGGCACCCAUCCGUGCCCAUCAGCCCCAGCCCGGCCGUGCCCGCGCCUACGGCCCUGGCAUUGAGCCCCAGGGGAACGUGGUGCUGAAGCCAGCGCAGUUCACGGUGGAGACCCUGGAGGCAGGGAUGGGAGAGGUCCUGGUCUAUGUUGAGGACCCUGAAGGCCACACUGAGGAGGCCAAGGUGGUGCCCAACAACGACAAGAAGAGGACCUACAGCGUCACCUAUGUCCCCAAGGUUGGGGGGCUGCACAAGGUGACCGUGCUGUUCGCGGGGCAGAACAUCGACAGGAGCCCCUUUGGGGUCAACGUGGCCAUGGCCUCGGGGGAUGCCAACAAGGUGACAGCUCGUGGGCCAGGGCUGGAGCCCGUGGGCAACGUGGCCAACAAGCCCACCUACUUCGACAUCUACACUGCAGGAGCUGGCCCAGGAGAUGUUGGGGUGGUGAUUGUGGACCCUCAGGGUCGGAGGGACACGGUGGAGGUGAUGCUGGAGGACAAGGGGGACAACAUCUACCGCUGCACCUACCGCCCCGUCCUGGAGGGGCCACACACCAUCUGUGUCACCUACGCUGGAGCUCAGAUCCCCAAGAGCCCCUUCACUGUCAACGUGGCUGAAGCGUGCAACCCCUCGGCGUGCCGGGCCACCGGCCGUGGGCUGCAGCCCAAGGGCGUCAGGGUGCAGGAGGUGGCAGACUUCAGGGUGCUGACCAAGGGCGCUGGCACCGGAGAACUGCGGGUGCUCAUCAAGGGACCCAAGGGCACAGAGGAGCCGGUGAAGGUUCGGGACGUGGGUGAUGGAGUCUACGAGUGCGAGUACCACCCCAUGGUGCCCGGCAAGUACACGGUGGCCAUCACCUGGGGUGGCUAUGCCAUCCCCCGCAGUCCCUUCGAGGUGAUGGUGGCUCCCGCGCCGGGCACCCAGAAGGUUCGAGCCUGGGGUCCAGGGCUGGAGGGAGGAGUGGUAGGCAAGUCAGCAGACUUCGUGGUGGAGGCCAUUGGCACAGAAGUGGGCACCCUAGGUUUCUCCAUCGAGGGCCCGUCGCAGGCCAAGAUCGAGUGUGACGACAAGGGGGAUGGCUCCUGCGACGUCCGCUACUGGCCCACGGAGGCCGGGGAGUACGCCGUGCACGUGGUGUGUGACGACGAGGACAUCAAGGACAGUCCCUUCAUCGCCCACAUCCUGCCCGCCCCCAACGACUCCUGGCCGGAGAAGGUGAAGGCCUUUGGGCCAGGGCUGGAGCCCAACGGCUGCAUCGUGGACAGGCCGGCAGAGUUCACCAUCGACACCCGCGGUGCUGGCAAGGGGCCCCUCAAGCUCUAUGCACAGGAUGCCGAGGGCUUCCCCAUCGACAUCAAGGUGAAGGACAAUGGGGAUGGCACCUACCACUGUGUCUACAUGCCCACCAAGGCCAUCAAGCACACCAUUAUUGUCACCUGGGGAGGUGUCACCACCCCCCGCAGUCCCUUCAGGGUGAACGUGGGUGAGGGCAGCCACCCUGGCAGGGUGAAGGUCUACGGGCCAGGCGUGGAGAAGACAGGGCUGAAGGCCAGCGAGCCCACCUACUUCACUGUCGACUGCAGCGAGGCUGGGCAGGGCGACGUGAGCAUCGGGAUCAAGUGUGCCCCAGGGGUGGUGGGACCACUGGAGGCUGACAUUGACUUUGACAUCAUCAAGAAUGACAAUGACACCUUCACAGUGAAGUACACCCCACCAGGAGCUGGGCUCUACACCAUCAUGGUCCUCUUUGCCAACCAGGAGAUCCCCAGCAGCCCCUUCCGCAUCAAGGUGGACCCAUCCCAUGAUGCCAGCAAGGUCAAAGCUGAGGGACCUGGGCUCAACAGGACAGGGGUGGAGGUGGGGCAGCCCACCCACUUCACGGUGCAGACAAAGGGCGCUGGCAAGGCCCCCCUGGACGUGCAGUUUGGGGGGUCAGGACCUGGCCCAGCUGUGAGGGACUUCGAGGUGAUCGACAACCAUGACUACUCCUACACUGUCAAGUACACCCCUCUGCAGCAGGGUCCUCUGGCUGUGGUGGUCACCUACGGAGGGGACCAGAUCCCCAAGAGCCCCUUCCCUGUCACCGUGGCCCCCCCACUGCAGCUUGGCAAGGUCAAGGUGCAGGGGCUCAACAGCAAGGUGGAGGUGGGUCAAGCCCAGGAGUUCACAGUGGAGACCUCAGGAGCUGGAGGCCAGGGCAAGGUGGAGGUGAAGGUCACUGGCCCCUCCCGCCGCCCCAUCCCCUGCUCUGUGGGUCCUGCCCCUCUGGGGGGUUCCCACCCUGUCAGCUUCACACCACCUGAGGAGGGACCCUACAAGGUGGAGGUGACCUACGACGGACACCCCGUGCCUGGCAGCCCCUUCCCGCUGGAGGCUCUGCUGCCCCCUGACCCCACCAAGGUGAGUGCCUAUGGGCCAGGGCUGCAGGGUGGCCGCGUGGGCACCCCGGCUCCCUUCACCAUUGACACCAAAGGCGCUGGCACCGGUGGCCUGGGGCUGACUGUGGAAGGUCCCUGUGAGGCCAAGAUCGAGUGCCAGGACAACGGGGAUGGGUCCUGCUCCGUCUCCUACCUGCCCACUGAGCCUGGGGACUAUGCCAUCAACAUCCUCUUUGCUGAGAGGCACAUCCCUGGAAGCCCCUUCAAGGCUGUGGUGACCCCCGUCUUUGAUCCCAACAAGGUGACAGCCAGCGGGCCUGGUUUGGAGCGGGGCAAAGCUGGUGAGGUGGCCACCUUCAUGGUGGAUUGCUCCAAAGCUGGGGACGCCGACCUGACCAUUGAGAUCAUCUCGGAAGCUGGGGUGAAAGCCGAGGUCCUCAUCCAGAACAACCGGGAUGGCACCUACACCAUCACCUACACCCCGGCCUGCCCCGGUUCCUACACCAUCACCAUCAAGUACGGUGGACAUCCCGUCCCCAAGUUCCCCAUCCGGGUCACCAUUGACCCAGCUGUGGACACCAGUGGUGUCAAGGUCUAUGGCAAAGGCGUGGAGCCGAGAGGGGUGCUGCGCGAGGUGGGCACAGACUUCACGGUGGACGCCCGGGCACUCACCAAGGUGGGAGGUGCCCACGUCAAGGCCCGGGUGGUCAACCCCUCGGGGGCCACCACGGAGACCUACGUCACCGACCACGGGGAUGGCACCUACCGUGUGGACUACACCCCCUACGAGGACGGCAUGCACCGGGUGGAGGUGACCUAUGACGACGUGGCUGUCCCCAAGAGUCCCUUCCGCGUUGGGGUGGCAGAGGGCUGUGACCCCAGCCGCGUGCGGGCACAUGGGCCCGGCCUGGAGGGUGGCCUGGUUGGCAAGGCCAACCGCUUCACCGUGGAGACCAGGGGUGCGGGCACCGGGGGACUGGGCCUGGCCAUCGAGGGUCCCUCUGAGGCCAAGAUGUCCUGCAAGGACAACAAGGAUGGGAGCUGCACAGUGGAGUACAUCCCCUUCACGCCUGGUGACUACGACGUCAACAUCACCUUUGGUGGCCACCCAAUCCCUGGAAGCCCCUUCAGGGUGCCUGUGAAGGACGUGGUGGACCCCAGCAAGGUCAAGUGCUCAGGGCCAGGUCUGGGCCCUAGCGUCAGGGCCAGGGUGCCCCAGACCUUCACGGUGGACUGCAGUGCCGCAGGGCUGGCACCCCUCGAGGUCACAGUGCUGGGACCUUCUGGUCUGGCAGAGCCAGUGGAGGUCCGUGACAACGGUGAUGGCACCCACAAGGUCAACUAUACCCCAGCCACCGAUGGCCCCUACACCGUGGCCGUCAAGUUUGCCGACCAGGAGGUGCCCCGCAGCCCCUUCAAGAUCAAGGUUCUGCCAGCCCACGAUGCCAGCAAGGUGAGGGCCAGUGGGCCUGGGCUGAGUGCCAGUGGCAUCCCUGCCAGCCUGCCUGUGGAGUUCACCAUCGAUGCCCGCGAUGCCGGAGAGGGGCUCCUCACCGUCCAGAUCCUGGACCCUGAGGGCCAGCCCAAGAAGGCCUCAAUCCGGGACAAUGGCGAUGGCACCUACACGGUGUCCUAUGUGCCCGACCUGCCCGGCCGCUACACCAUCACCAUCAAGUAUGGCGGCGAUGAGAUCCCUGCCUCCCCCUUCCGCAUCCUGGCUGUGCCCUCCGGCGAUGCCAGCAAGUGCCUGGUCACAGUAUCCAUUGGGGGCCAUGGACUGGGUGCCUGCUUGGGUCCCACCAUCCAGAUCGGGGAGGAGACGGUGAUCACGGUGGAUGCCAAAGCUGCUGGUCAAGGGAAGGUGACCUGCAAGGUGUCCACACCUGACGGGGCAGAACUGGACGUGGAUGUGGUGGAGAAUCACGAUGGGACCUUCGAUAUCUACUACACCGCCCCCGAGCCCGGGAAAUAUGUCAUCACCAUCCGCUUCGGGGGAGAGCACGUCCCCAACAGCCCCUUCCACGUCAUGGCCACAGAGGAGCCACCUGCCACCACCGAGAACCUCCGUCCCUUCAACCUCGUCAUCCCCUUCACCGUGCAGAAGGGGGAGAUCACAGGGGAGGUGAGGAUGCCCUCAGGGAAGACGGCCAGACCCAACAUCACGGACAACAAGGACGGGACGGUGACGGUGCGCUAUGCACCCACCGAGAAGGGCCUGCACGAGAUGGACAUCCGCUACGAUGGCAACCACAUCCCUGGGAGUCCUCUCCAGUUCUACGUGGACGCCAUCAACCCCCGUCACGUCAGUGCUUACGGGCCAGGGUUGAGCCAUGGCAUGGUCAACAAGCCCUGCACCUUCACCAUCGUCACCAAGGAUGCUGGGGAGGGUGGACUCUCAUUGGCUGUGGAAGGUCCUUCCAAAGCAGAGAUCACCUGCCAGGACAACAAGGAUGGGACCUGCACUGUGUCCUACCUGCCCACCGCCCCUGGGGACUACAACAUCAUUGUCCGCUUCGAUGACAAGCACAUCCCUGGAAGCCCCUUCACGGCCAAGAUCACUGGUGACGACUCCAUGCGGACGUCCCAGCUCAACGUGGGCACCUCCACUGACGUCUCGCUGAAGAUCACGGAGACGGACCUGAGCCUGCUGACGGCCAGCAUCCGGGCACCGUCGGGCAACGAGGAGCCCUGCCUGCUCAAACGGCUGCCCAACCGCCACAUCGGUAUCUCCUUCACACCCAAGGAAGUUGGUGAACAUGUAGUGAGCGUGAAGAAGAGCGGGCAGCACGUCACCAACAGCCCCUUCAAGAUCCUGGUGGGACAGUCAGAGAUUGGAGAUGCCAGCAGGGUGAAGGUGUGGGGCAAGGGGCUGGUGGAAGGUCACACCUUUGAGACAUCAGAGUUCAUCGUGGACACACGCAGCGCUGGCUAUGGUGGGCUGGGCUUGUCCAUCGAGGGUCCCAGCAAGGUGGACAUCAACUGUGAAGAUGUGGAAGAUGGCACCUGCAAGGUCACCUACUGCCCCACCGAGCCAGGCAACUACAUCAUCAACAUCAAGUUUGCUGACAAACAUGUGCCAGGAAGCCCCUUCACGGUGAAGGUGACCGGUGAGGGACGCAUGAAGGAGAGCAUCACGCGGCGGCGCCAGGCCCCCUCCAUCGCCACCAUUGGCAGCACCUGCGACCUCAACCUGAAGAUCCCAGGGAACUGGUUCCAGAUGGUGUCGGCGCAGGAGCGCCUGACGAGGACCUUCACGAGGAGCAGCCACACCUACACCCGCACUGAGCGCACCGAGAUCAGCAAGACGCGGGGUGGAGAGACCACGCGCGAGGUGCGGGUGGAGGAGUCCACCCAGGUCGGAGGAGAUCCCUUCCCCAACGUCUUCGGGGGCUUCCUGGCCAGAGAGGGUCUUGGCACCUUUGGGUCCAUCGCUCGAGCCCAGGAGGGGGAGGCGUCGGCGCAGGAGCUGUCGGCGCAGGUGCUGAGCCCCUCGGGACAACGCUUCGAGGCGGAGGUGGUGUCGGGGGGCGCGGGGGUGUACAGCGUGCGCUUCGUGCCCCAGGAGAUGGGGCCCCACACCGUCAGCGUCAAGUACCGCGGGCAGCACGUGCCCGGCAGCCCCUUCCAGUUCACUGUCGGACCCCUGGGCGAGGGCGGCGCACACAAAGUCAGAGCGGGGGGCACCGGCCUCCAGAGAGGCGUGGCAGGGGUGCCAGCCGAGUUCAGCAUCUGGACGCGGGAGGCAGGGGCCGGGGGGCUCUCCAUCGCCGUGGAGGGGCCCAGCAAGGCUGAGAUCUCCUUCGAGGACAGGAAGGAUGGGUCCUGUGGGGUCUCCUACCUCGUCCAGGAGCCUGGUGACUACGAGGUCUCCAUCAAGUUCAACGAGGAGCACAUCCCUGACAGCCCCUUCGUGGUGCCCGUGGCAUCCCACUCCGAUGACGCCCGGCGCCUCACUGUCACCAGCCUCCAGGAGACGGUGACAGUGAACCAGCCGGCGUCAUUUGCGGUGCAGCUGAACGGGGCCCGGGGGGUGAUCGACGCCAAGGUCCACACGCCCGCGGGCAUCGUGGAGGAGUGCUACGUGUCCGAGCUGGACAGCGACAAGUACGCCAUCGGGUUCCUGCCGCGGGAGAACGGGGUGCACUCCAUCGACCUGCGCUUCAACGGGCGCCACGUCCCCGGCAGCCCCUUCAACAUCCGCGUGGGCGAGCAGAGCCAGGCCGGCGACCCCGGGCUGGUCACCGCCUACGGGCCCGGCCUCGAGGGCGGCAUCACAGGUGUGUGCUCGGAGUUCCUGGUGAAGACAGCCAACGCGGGGGCAGGGGCCCUGGCUGUCACCAUUGAUGGGCCCUCCAAGGUGAAGCUGGACUGUGUGGAGUGCGCCGAGGGCCACCGCGUCACCUACACACCCAUGGCCCCUGGCAACUACCUCAUCUCCAUCAAGUAUGGUGGCCCCCACCACAUUGUUGGCAGCCCCUUCAAGGCCAAGGUCACCGGCCCACGUCUGUCAGGGGGUCACAGCCUGCAUGAGACGUCGACAGUGCUGGUGGAGACAAUGACAAGAGGGAGCACAGCGACGUCCAGAGGUCCACCUGCUUUUGGGGGGCUUCCCAAGUUCUCCUCAGACGCAAGCAAGGUGGUGGCAAGGGGACCAGGGUUGUCCACUGCCUUCCUUGGCCAGAAGAACCACUUCACAGUGGACUGCAGCAAGGCUGGUACCAACAUGCUGAUGGUGGGGGUCCACGGCCCCAAGACCCCGUGUGAGGAGGUUUACGUCAAGCACGUUGGCAACAGGAUCUACAACGUCACCUACACAGUCAAGGAGAAGGGGGACUACGUCCUCAUCCUACGCUGGGGAGAUGACAACGUCCCCGGCAGCCCCUAUCGUGUCACUGUCCCCUGACCCCCACACCCACCCACAACUCCCCCAC